ACGAAAACACUUAAACUGUGUAAAAUCUAAACAAAAUGGUGCAAAGUGACGAAAGUGUGACCAUUACAGACACCACCAAGUUACUGGAAGAUGUGGCAUCUCUCUAUCUCAACCAGAAAUUUUCUGAUAUUACGUUGCUCGUCGAUGACCAAAAACUAUAUGCUCACAAGGUCAUUCUGGCUGUAAGGAGCAAAUACUUUGAGUCUAUACUUUACGAAGAUGCGCAAAACACAAACCAGACCGAAAUAACAAUAACCGGUUUGGCUUUUGACGCUUUAAGUAGUCUAUUAAAAUACAUCUAUACAGGCACCAUCGAUUUUUCUUCCGAUGUUGAGUCAACCCUUCAGGUACUUGGACUUGCCCAUCAAAAUUCAUUAACAGACAUCCAAACUACCGUCGUUAAAAAACUAAAACCGCUUCUAAAUUUGAAAAACGUUUACGCCGUCCUCAACACUGCCAAUCUCUACGACUUAGAAGAACUGGCCGAAGCCUGUCAUUCCUUCAUGGACCUUAACGCAUCUGAAGUCGUCACUAGUGACUCUUUCACCGACCUGUCCCAAAAAUCGAUGAUUAAACUUUUACAACGCAAUGAUUUUGUUGCUCCUGAAAUCGAAAUUUUCAAAAGCGUGGCUAAGUGGUGCAAAAAGAACAACGAUGUCGAUGAUUUAGUGAUACAGUGUGUUCGUUUAUCGUCGAUGACUGUCAUAGACAUCGUAACUACAGUCUGGUCUGCGAAACUAUUCGACUGUGAAAAGUUGUUACAAGCCAUUGCUGAGAUCGUUGGCGUCAAAACAAAAACUUCCACUUCUAGAGGGUUCUAUCUUUUGGACGAAAACCUAGCAACUGCUCAACACAACGCUGAAGUGAUUGUUGGAACAAAUACAUCUUGGUUAUUGACAGGCGAUGGAAACACAGAAAGUAAGUUUGCAAACCACGGUGUAGACGAAGAAAGUGGGAUUAUUGUCAAGCUUGGUACUCCAUCUUUUGUUAACCAUUUCAAAAUGAGACUCUGGGAUGGGGAUAACCGCUCUUAUUCUUAUUACAUUUCGGUUUCUCUUGACCAGAAGAAUUGGAAAAGAGUUAUCGACCACAGUCUUAUUAGUUGUCGUUCAGACCAGGUUCUGUUUUUUAAUCAGCAGGUGGUUCAGUACAUAAAAAUUGUAGGGACGCACAACACAGCCAACCGAGAUUUUCGCAUCAUGUCCUUCGAAGCAUAUUACAAAAAUGAUAUACCUACAAUUAGAAAUGGUAUUAUUUGCCCCAAUUACAAUGUUGCAACUAUAGAGAAGAAAACGAUUGUUAUUGAAGGAGUAAAUCCCCCCGCAUUGCUUGAUGGUAAUUCCCUUGAUUCAUAUACCUAUCACAAAAUAGGCAGUGGAAAUAUUACAAUACAACUGGCUCAACCUUACAUGAUUUCAACAAUGAGACUUUUAUUACAUGAUAAUGAUGGUUCCCGACAGUUUAGAUAUUUUGUUGAAACUUCUGUCAAUAAGUCAGAUUGGGAGAUUGCUGUUGAUCUAAGGAAUGAAGAUUGCACAUCUUGGCAAAAUCUUCGGUUUAAAGAAAGGGCGGUAGUUUUCAUCAGGAUAACCGGAACUUACGAUUCUAUGAGCGGCUUUUCCUAUUUUCUUGUGUCGUACUUCGAAUGUCCCUCCGAGAUGUGAAGGAAAUACAUGGAAGAUCUGGCCAUUGCUAACAAGGUGUCGACAAAACGGAUUCUUUA